GUUACUACAUCUACCGAAUACGGCAGCAAAAGCGUCACUCUGGUGGAAGCCGCAGACCGGACCGGCCGGCCCGGGUCUGACAGUGGAGAAGGAAGAGAGAAGACACAGCUCUUCCUCAAGUUCCAUUCACCGAUGGCAAUUUCGUAGUUUCCCCUCGAGUUCUUCCUUUUCCUACUCCUCCACCUACCAGUCUUCCAUAUCCAUUGGCCGAAAGUGUACGGAACCAACAAAAAAAAAAUUUCGCGUUUUGUUGAGCUCGCGGCAUUCUUAUCCCGUUGCAGAUUCUAAGGAGAGAAGCUGUUGUUAUUUCUGUUUUUCUUCCCUUCCUAUGUUUUGAUAAUUAGAGUGAUUCGGCGAAAAUUUUCGCCUCUGCAAUGGCGUGUUGUAUAUGGACGGAGGAUGUGUCGGUUGUGGACACGAAGCUGAAAUCGGAUGAUGGAAAUGGGGAUUAUGUGAAUUUGAUAUGUUCGAAUGAUCGGGAAUCGGAGGAAUUCGGGAUGCCGCUGCCUCAGUCUCCGAGGAAGGGAUGUCCUCUCUGGUGGUGGAUGAAGGUGGUUUUGUCCUGCCUUCUCUUGGUGGUCAGUGCCGCUUGUUUCAUCAUCUGGGGUGGGCCGUUCCUCGUUCAUAAGGUGGUUGCCCCAAUCUUGGAUUGGGAGACGACGACAUUUAGCACACCAGUUCUUGGGCUUUUACUCUUUGCUUCUAUGGCAAUAUUCCCUACUCUGUUAAUACCUUCUGCACCUUGUAUGUGGAUAGCGGGGAUGACUUUUGGUUAUGGUUUUGGUUUUCUACUCAUUAUGGCAGGGACAAGUUUGGGCAUGUCACUUCCAUAUCUCAGUGGUUCUCUGUUCCGUCGCAGAAUACAUAGGUGGCUAGAAAACUGGCCCCAGAAAGCUGCUAUUAUGAGAUUAGCUGGUGAAGGAAAUUGGUUCCAUCAGUUUCGAGCUGUCACUUUACUCAGGAUUUCUCCGUUUCCAUAUAUUAUCUUCAAUUAUGCUGUUGUUGCAACAAACAUUAAAUAUGGUCCUUACAUAUUUGGGUCAUUGGUGGGAACUGUACCUGAAGUUUUCAUCACAAUUUACAGUGGGAUUUUGAUAAAGAGCUUGGCAGAUGUGAGUGAAGGAGGCCAGUUCCUGUCAGUGCCACAGAUCCUCUAUGACUGUCUCGGCUUCUGCGCAGCUCUUUCUGCCACUGCAGCCAUCACAAUCUAUGCAAAACGAACACUCCAGAACCUCCAGAUUGAUGAUGAGCUGGAGUAAAGCGCCCAAGCCGAGCAAGAGCAGACAACAUUGCCACAGCACAAUAUUUGUUAUUCAGGUUGUUGCUAUUUGGGUGGCCGAGCUUUAUCACUAUUAUCCACGGAUUAUGCAGCCAAGUUAAUGAAGGAGUGUAUAUACUGUGUGGAUGGUUGUAUAUGAUUUGCAUGUGAAGCAGCUGCCAUGAUCAUGAAGCUGAUAGGAGAAACAGAAGCAUGCUUUGGUGCUGAUUGAGGUGCAUGCCUAUGUAUUUCCAGUUGCACAACUGAAAAAUGCCAUUGAGAUAUGUAAAUGAGAUGUAAAUGUUUGAUUUCUGACAUGGGUUUUUAUUCAAUUGAAACAUUAUGAUUGUAUUUGGAUUCA